GACAGACACAGACACAGACACGGCCACCUCUCCUUUCCCGGAAGGCAGACACCGACACAGAAAGAGAGAGAAAGACAGAGGGAAGUGAGAGAGAGAAGCUAGAGGGAGGGCGAGAGUUCGUCACCGAUUUCUUCUCCGAGAACGGAGGAAUUCCCGGGAAUUCAUCCUUUCACCUCAUCCAGUUCCAUCCAUACUUCCCACCUGCCCUCACCCAAAUUAUCUUCUUCUUCUUAUUCUUCUUCUUUCCAUUUGUCGGCGAUCAAUCCCAUCACCAACCCACCUCCGGACGGCAGUAAUCCAACUUCCCUUUUGGCUUUUGCUUAUUCUAUACAAUAGGUCGUGUUGUUUGGAUCAUCAUCGGAUCUCUCUGCUCGGUCCAUACACAGUCACCACGAAAAUGGACGAUUUCGGCGUCUUAACGGAACGCUACGGGUUGAAGCCCCAGGGGAAGGCUGCUCCAAUGGCCGCAUCCAAACGAUCCGCCCCCGUCUCCUCCAAUGGCCAAACCCAGAACUAUGGGUUCGGUUCCGCUUCCAACCCCAAUUACUCGUCCUCCAAAGCUUCCUGGAGCUCGAAUUCCGUCGGGGGAUUGGACGAUCAUUUGGACAAUCUCUUCGUCGGAUCUAAGAAGCCUUCUGCUGAUCAGAGCGGUGGGUCAUCCUUCGACUACGAUUCGAUAUUCAAUCCGGGCGCAAAGUCUUCGUCCUCCACGAACUUCGACAAUGACGAUAUCUUCGGGUUAAACAAGUCAACUCCUAGGUCAAACGGCGAUGUUUUCAGUUCAUUUCCUUCUCCGCCGCCUCCCCCGCCUCGCCGGAGCUCUCCCGUGGGUGAUCUGUUAGGUGGGUAUCAUCAGAAUAAUGAUGACGACGACGAUAUCUUCGGUGGAAUCGGGAAGGAAUCGAGAACAGCCAACGGGGAUAGCUCGGCGAGGACCGAGAGCAAUUCAGCUGGAUUUGAUGAUUUGAUUCCUGGAUUUGGGGGAAGCAGGAGCUCUUCCAGUUAUGGAUACACUAAUCAGCCUCAGCAAUCAACUUCAAGCUCUACAUUGUCCGAAGACCCCUUUUCUGUAUUUGAAUCAACUUCGAAACCUCCACGUACUUCGUCAGGGUUAUUCUCAGAUCCUUUGGAGGACUUUGGUCAGUUCAAUGGUGCCGCAAGUGCAAAAGAUGAUUCUGGGAAGAGCCCUACUGCAUCUACGAUAGAUGAGCUCGAGGACUUUGCUAUGGGCAAGCCAUCCAGAAGUGUUGAUGAACUGCCAAAGUUUACUUCAGGUGAAAAGAAAUCUCCUAACAAAGCGCAGACUAGUCAACGUAGAGAAGGUGCUGGCACUCUGCGGGAAAAUAAGCAUAAGUCUGGUGAUGAUCUUGAAUCCUUCUUUAGCAUGGGUUCUCGAUCAAGCAGUGCACCAAAGUCAAGGACUACAAGUUCGACCAAUAAGAAAGAGAGAACUGGAACAGGGCAAAGUCCACCUCCAGAGACACCUCCCAGCAUCAAGAAGGCUUCAUCUGCAACAAAUAUUGUUGAUGACCUUUCGUCAAUGUUUGGAGAUGCUUCGAUAUUUGGAGAGUUUGAGGAAGUUGAGGGAGAAAGUGAAGAAAGAAGAAGAGCCAGAUUGGGGCGUCAAACAAGAACCCAACAGCGAGUGGCAAAAGCGGUGGCAGAGAUGAAUCAGCGUGACUACCAAACACAACAGGAGCAAGAAGAGAGAAGGAGGAUUGCUGAGAAUCUUGAUGCCAACAUAAAGCGUUGGGCUGCUGGGAAGGAAGGCAAUAUGCGUGCCUUAUUAUCAUCUUUGCAAUACGUGCUUUGGCCUGACUGUGGUUGGGAGUCGGUGUCAUUGACAGACUUAAUAACUUCCACUUCAGUCAAAAAGGUGUAUAGAAAGGCGACACUGUGCGUCCACCCUGAUAAGGUUCAACAGAAAGGUGCCACCCUUCAACAGAAAUACACUGCAGAGAAAGUGUUUGAUAUUCUCAAGGAAGCUUGGAAAAAGUUUGAAACAGAAGAACUCCGAUAGAACUCUCCUUCAUGUAUGGCCUCGGCGGCAUUGUUUUCUAUACUGUUCACGCGACUCUCCUUUCACGAGAGAAGUUGCAGAUUCCGAAGCUUGAGCUCUUCCAAACCAACAGGAAGGAUACUGUCCUUACAAGCGACGACCUGGAAAGUUCUGCAGGAUCAAGGUGAUCCUGAAAUUGGCAUGUGGUUUUUGUCUGAUAUAUUCGGUCCGGUGCAUCAAUUGUUUCCAAUUUGAUGAUGUACAAUCAUGAGUGUUGCUAUAGGAAGCAGGGUUUUGUCCAUAGCGUUCUUCUCCAACUUCCACCUAAUAUACUGUCUUUCCAUUACUGAUAUUGAGGUUUGCUUCCCGCAAAAUUCGGGUUUUUUCUUCUUUUUUCGGAUUUUUUUAAAAAAUUUUCUUAUAGUUUUGUAAGAAACAACUGCCAGAGCUUUUGUUAAUUGACAAUUGAUUGGACAUACAGAUCAUAUAGAAUUCAUUGCAUAUCGGGAUAACUUUUCCUGA